CAGGUAUUUAAGAGAUUAUGGCAUCUGAAACCCACAAUGUUAAAAAACGAAACUUUAGUAAUAAUAUUGAGGAUCAGUCCAUUGAUCUUCCUAGAAAAAGGAACUCCAAUUUCACUAAUAAGAACAUGAAGGAGGUUAAGAAAUCUCCAAAACAGUUGGCUGCUUACAUAAAUAGAACAGUUGGACAAGCUGUGAAGAGCCCAGAUAAACUACGUAAGGUGAUCUAUUGCAGAAAGAAAGUUCAUCGUCCUUUUCCAAAUCCUUAUUACAGAAAAAAGCAGUCCCCUAGAAGUGGGGGCUGUGUCAUGGCAAAUAAAGAAAAUGAACUGGCUUGUGCAGGCCACCUAUCUGAAAAGUUACGCCAUGAUAGUCGAACAUAUUUGAUUAACUCCAGUGAUUCUGGUUCUUCACAGACAGAAGGCCCAUCAUCAAAAUACAGUGGCUUUUUUUCUGAGGUUUCUCAGGACCAUGAAACAAUGGCGCAAGUUUUGUUCAGCAGGAAUUUGAGGUUGAAUGUAGCUUUAACUUUCUGGAGGAAGAGAAGUAUAAGUGAACUUGUAGCUUAUUUGGUGAGGAUAGAAGAUCUUGGAGUUGUGGUAGAUUGCCUUCCUGUGCUCACCAAUAGUUUACAGGAAGAAAAACAAUACAUCUCACUUGGCUGCUGUGUAGACUUGUUGCCUCUAGUAAAGUCACUACUUAAAAGCAAAUUUGAAGAAUAUGUAAUAGUUGGUUUGAACUGGCUUCAAGCAGUCAUAAAAAGAUGGUGGUCAGAACUAUCAUCUAAAACAGAAAUUAUGAAUGAUGGAAAUAUUCAGAUUUUAAAACAACAGUUAAAUGGAUUGUGGGAACAGGAAAACCAUCUUACUUUGGUUCCAGGAUACACUGGUAGUAUAGCUAAGGAUGUAAAUGCUUAUUUAUUACAAUUGCAUUGAAGAGUUUCAUCUACUUAAGAGUGCGUGGUUAUUCAAAACAUCCCUGGACUACAUGAUUUCCAGAAAAAUGUCUCUUCUGAGAACUCUGAACUAUGGAAGAAAUCAAACCAUUUUUUGUUUUAAAAAGCCACAUAAUGAAACCACUAAUGAAAUCCUAACAAUCUGCUUCACAUUGAAGUGGAAAAAUUUUCAAAAGGAGCAACUUCAACUUCAAUGAGGUGAAAGUGCACUAUGAAGAUUGUUGGCCUUUGCUGCAUUUGGGAUUUAUAUGGUUAUUAGGUAACUUUGUCUAAGAACUACUGGAUCUUAAUGCACUCCUGCGUAUUACAUAAUAUAAUUUAUACUUUGUGCAAAAAUAAGACAAGACUUAUUACUAGGAACCACAUAGACCAAUCAUGAAUUUUUUUAAGAUUAUGUUUUAU